GAAAGAGAACUGGCAAGAACACUAUAUUGAACGUGAAAACCAGCUUUUCAAAAAGGGGAGGCUACAAUACAGCGAUAAAGAAUGGGAGAAAAACAGAAACUACAACAAAAGCUUCGGAAUGUUCCCCAUAUUCCUUGCAUUCGAGUCCCUCACUCAGCUGCAAACACUUCAUUACUAAAGGACCUUACCCCAGGGCAGCAGCGCUACUUCUACAGCAUCAUGAGGAUUUACAACCCCACUCCCCAGUGGGAGGCCCUGCAGGCCCGCUAUGUUCACACCCUUCUGCACCAGCAGCAACUGGGCUAUAUUACUCAACAGGAAGUCUUGGCACGUGCUGCUGUGCUUAGAGAGUCAACGAAGAGAGCCUCCGCCAAGGUAGCUCCUCAAACACCCAUCCGCCGGAAGGCUUCUGCCAUGACGAGAACCUGGCCUACAGCAGUACCUGUGUCUGUGGGUCCACUCAGGGCUCAGAGUGCAGGGCUCCGAUAUCUCAGCAAGUGAGGCUUUGUACAUGCUGUGAACAGGCAGUUUGCCUUUGUAUUCUAGCAUCUAGUGAGUACUUAGUGCGUAUUUGUUAAAUGAUAAUGAAUAAUACAAACCCCAUGCUCCAAGAAAUAAUUUCUCCCUGUUCACAUAAAUUUUACUAGCAAGAACAAGUUGAAGGUUUAAGAGCAAUGGCACUAACAAUAAAUAAGACUUUCACUGCA